CUCAUGCAUUAUCCAGCUUGGCAGCAGGUCUCUCUGAUACGAAAGACAAUCUGACUGAUCGUCUCCAGUCCAGCAAUGACCAGUUUUCUGCCAUGACUAAAGAAAGAGACCAAUUGAAUCGCAUCAAAGUCAAUCUGACUGAUAGUCUCCAGUCCAGCAAUGUCCAACUUUCUGCACUGACUAAGGAAAAAAACAGUCUGAAUGCAAAACUCACAGAAUUGUCUAAUGAAGUGACCAGGCUUCAGAGUUUGUCAAACAAAAUCUGUCCUGCAGGAUGGAGGAUGUUCAGUUGUUCUUGUUAUUUCCUCUCUACAACAUCUGGUUCCUGGAAUAAAGCCAGAGAAGACUGCAGGAACAGAGGAGGAGAUCUGGUGGUGAUAAGCGACGAUGAUGAACAGAAAUUUGUUGUUGCCCUUACUGAGACGUCAGCAUGGAUUGGUUUGAGAAAAGAAACAGAGGGAUCCUGGAAGUGGGUUGAUGGCACUGCUCUGAGUUCUGAACUUAAAAAAUUCUGGGGAGAGGAACAGCCUGAUAAUUCUGGUGGAAAGGAGGAUUGUGUACAGAUCUGGGGAAACAGCAAGACAUGGAAUGAUGAUAAAUGUGAUGCUAAAAUAAAAUGGAUCUGUGAAAAGGCUCCAAUGUAAUGAUCGGUAAAUAUUAGUUAUUGCUUUCCAAUUGAGGCUAAGUUUAAGCUUUAUGCUUUGUACUCCACUGCAGAUACCUGAAAAUGUUUUAGUACUGUGUAUUAUAGAUACAUAUGGGGGAAUUUCAGACUGAAAAUGUGUGCUCUUGAAUUAUGGCAAA